CCCGUCUUUCCCAGCCCAGCCCACACACACUUGUGCUUUUGGACACAUACACGCAUUCCCCAUGGAGCAGCAGCACGGCGCCAGGCGCGAGCGGUCCCCUGAUGCGGAGCAGCUGGCCCCGCCCGCCAAGCGGCCCGCCCUUCCUGCCGACCUUGUGGACAACCGGCAGCUCCUGCCGGCCGAGAUGCAGCAGCCCAUUGCGGGCAUGAUGAACCCAACCGAUGUGGCUGCCGGCACCAGGCUGGCCGACGCGGAGAUGGCUGCCCUGCUGUUUGACUUCGUUAGGGCCUGCGCCCAGCCCGGCGCGGACUUUCCCCGCGCCGCCAUCCUGGCCUCCCGCAACGACGGCCAGUUCUGGGCCGCCUUCACAAACGUUGAGCGCCAGAGCUUUAUGCGCACGGUCGCCGCCGCCGGCGACCUUGCCUGCCUGGAGGUGGCGGUGCAGCACUGCGGGCGCAGCGUCGACGGCAGCGUCAUGCAGCCCUCAGCAGUGCUGGUGGCGGCGGCAGCGGCCGGGCACGUGGAUGUGUGCGAGUGGCUGCUGCAGGCGGGCUGGGAGGUCGGCAGUGAGACGGUCCUGGCGGCGGUGUGCAAGGCGGCGGCGGCGGCGGGCCACAUGCCCGUGCUGCAGCUGAUGACCGGCGAUGCCCACCUGCCGGUGCAGGACGCGCAGGACCUGUUCGCGGUCUGGUCCGCCAUUGCACAUGGCGCGUUUGAGGGCGGCCACGUGCACGUGGUGGCGUGGCUGUACGGCGAGUGCGGCUUCCCCAACGUGCUGCCGCCGGCACCGCAGGCUGCUGCUGCUGCGGCGGCUGCGGCGGCGGCGGCGCCCGCGCAGCAGCGCCGCAACUACGGCAGCCGCAACAGCAGCUUCACCACCAUGGAGCUGGCAGCGCUGGCGGCCGCGGGCGGUCACAUGCAGCUGCUGGAGAUGAUGAUGCCCGCCCUGCAGAACGCGGCCCGGGAGCCUGUUGCCGCCGCCGCCGCCGCGCCGCCGCCGGCUGUGGCUGCGGGGUCGCUGGGCAUUGGCCUGGAGCUGCUAGCCAAGGCGGCGUAUGGCUGCACCCUGGAGGUGCUGGACAGGCUGUGCGACUUGCUGCAGCCGCAGCUGCCGGUGAUGACGCCCCGGGCCCUGGGCAUGCUGCUCAGCCACGCAGCCGCCAGCCCCACCGUCGGCCGGCGUGACAAGGCCCACUUCGUGCUGGCGCGCUUCCGGGCCCCGGGCGCAGCUGCCAAGCGGCUGAUGCCCACCUUCGAGCCGCAGCCCAUGCACGUCGGCAAGGCCUGGGAUGGUUGGCAGGAGAUGGCGCGCCAGCCCGGCUUCCUGCAGCUGCUGCAGGACCUGGCUGAGGCGGGGCUGAGGCGCAGCUGCGUGAGCCCCGCCGCGGCCUGCGCUGCCGCGCGUGCCGGCCACGUGGUCGCCCUGGCAUGGCUGGAGCAGCAGGCGGGCGUGGGGCGGAAGGGCAUCACCAACAGGGCCGUGCUGCGGGCGGCCGUGCUGGGCGGGCGCAGCAACGUCCUGCAGAUGCUGGCCGGGCGCGGCGCGGACCUGCACCUGGGUCUGCUGAUCAUGGCGGCGGGGCAGUGGGACGUCGCCACGUGGCUGGUGGACACGCUGCCUGACGGCGAGCCGCAGCUGCACUGGGACGUCGCGUUCUUUGCCCUGGCAAAACGCGGCGCCCCGCUGGCGCUGCUGCAGCGCCUGCACGAGCGCCGCGGGACCGCAGUCGACCGGGUGGCCAUGGCUGACGGCGGGAGCUCCAAUGAUGCGCUGGCGUGGGCGGAUGAGCGCCUGGCGGCCGGCGCGCGCGGCGGACUUGGACUAGAUCCCGCAGUGGAGACGGACAGCCCCCACUGGGUUGAGGCCCAGCUGUUGCGCGCCUGUUGAGGGGACUGCCGGCACUGCCCUAUAGUGGUGUGCUGGUGUGGCCAAUCAUGAGGCCAACGGAAUGGAGGCGUAUCUUGGAAACGCAGUGAGACCCCUUGUUUGCAUUAGUGUGACUACGACGGAGUGAAUGCGGUUGUGGAGUGCACGGCAAGGCAUGAGCGGUCGCAGACCUACGCUGUGCGCUGCGACCGCGCUGCUUGAAGGAACUGGAAGUAGUGCCUCUGUGGAACAAAAUGCCGUACCCACAUCCUCACCUUGAACUGCUGCCAGCUGUGUGUUGCAAUCGUCCAUCUUGAGAGAUGCGCAAGGAUGUGCACAGGUACUCAUCAGACAUUCGCACUGUGGUGUCGUACGGAUCGCAAUCUGCUCAUUAGUUGCUUGGCAUUCGCAGGUUCACUGCGAUGCAAUUUUAACGUGACUGUAAGCUGAUGUGUUU